GAGACGGAGGAAGCGACGAGGCCGCGCAGCGCUCGGACGCACGCGCACAGUUAACCGUGCUCGGUUCGGUUCCGCUCUUUCUGGGCCAGAGGCGCCGAUUGGACCCACGGGCGGGGCAUGAUGGUGGUGGGUACCGGCACCUCGCUGGCGCUCUCGUCCCUCCUGUCCCUGCUGCUCUUCGCCGGCAUGCAGAUGUACAGCCGCCAGCUGGCCUCCACCGAGUGGCUCACCAUCCAGGGGGGCCUGCUUGGCUCCGGCCUCUUCGUCUUCUCCCUCACCGCCUUCAAUAAUCUCGAGAAUCUUGUCUUUGGCAAAGGAUUCCAAGCCAAGGUCUUCCCUGAGAUUCUCCUGUGCCUCCUGUUGGCUCUCUUUGCAUCAGGCCUCAUCCACCGAGUCUGUGUUACUACCUGCUUUAUCUUCUCCAUGGUUGGUCUGUACUACAUCAACAAGAUCUCCUCCACGCUCUACCAGGCAACAGCUCCAGUCCUCACACCCGCCAAGGUCACAGGCAAGGGCAAGAAGAGGAACUAAGCCUGAGUGGCCAAUAAAGUUGAUUCUUUGUA